CUUCCAUAUGCCUCAGGUGCGGCCGUCAAAAGCAAGAACACAGAAGAAAAUUUCUGGAGGAAAACUUACCUAGUUGCCAAAUUUUAGAAUGAAAUGUCAACAAACCUAGUAAACACUCGACCUAAUUUGGAUGCUCUAUUUAAAAACUCUUCCCAAAAGCAUAGCAAAAAAGAAAAAAACUUAGCUAUGAGACUUAAAACCGGGAGGACUGAUGAAGGAGAUAUAACAUCAGCAAAUAAGUUUGAGAUAGGGGAUGGGGAGAAACGAGUGGCAGAACUUUGCAGAGAAAAUUCCCCGUGAUGAACAACGAUUGGUGAAUACAGUUGCUAACAAGGAAACUGACGGAAGAAGAGAAGGGCAAGACGAUGCCAUGGAGGUUUUGAAGGGAAUAGCCGUUUGUCCAGCAGCAUGGCUGAACAGUCAGUGGGGAACCAGAGUUGAAAACACUGCUUAGCAGGAAGGAGGGACAUGGACUCUUACAAAAGAAGCGGCACAAAGUCUUGUACACAUGCAAUGACAUGAUCCCUUCAAGGAACUGUGUAUGCAUUUGGUGCUGUCCCAGAAGUUCCCCGGAGUGUUCUGUGUCUACCUUUGCCUUCGGUAAGUACCAGCACACCGAAGGCUGUUUAUACGAAGGAAAGGUAUCGGGUCACCUUUGUUCCACACCACCAAGUGCAGGGAGAGCCUCCCGGACGACGUCUGGGGGCCCGGGCAGGCUGAGUGAGGCUCAGCCUUCCGCCACCCGUGUGUGCACGACAGCGCUUUUCCACAUACGUUUCAAAGACAGACAGAGAUGAUGUGUGCAUCAGCAAGACGUUUUGCUACCUAGCAUAUGCGUAUGGACAGACAGGCCAUGAGUGAUGGGGCCUGGGCCACGAUCAUGGCCAGAGAUAUUGACCAGCGUCGUCUGGGCCACAGGAUCACGGCCAACACACAGACACACAGACACAUGCACAGCCCACACACCAACAGCUCCACGAAGGACAGAGCAACAGUCUCAGGGAACAGACGGCAGUCAAAGGGUGACAGAACAACUUUGACGUCUGCGCCGAUGGCUUGGACACUGUUCCUUCACAACUCGGGCUCAAGUCACAUGCUGACACCCUCUUACCCCCUCCAUCCUGCUGGGCUAAAGCUCAGCUCUAACCUUUCCAUCCAGUGAUGAGGUCCGCCCAGCAUGGAGCUCAAAGAUACCAUUGUCCUGCUGGUCUUUAUAAAGGAAGCUGCCUGGAUCCUCCCAGGACGGAGCUGAGAACAACCGCAGCGCUUCCUCCAAGAUGCUGCUGAUCCUGCUCUCAGUGGCCUUGCUGGCCCUGAGCUCAGCCCGGAGCCCGUUUUUUGAUUUAGAGGAUGCAAACUCAAACUCCGCUGAGACGUUUCUGAGACCACCUCCUGGAGGAGGACCGCCCAGACCCCCUCCUCCUGAGGAAAGCCAAGGUGAGGGACAUCAGAAGAGAGCACGACCACCAGGUGACGGACCGGAGCAGGGACCAGCCCCACCGGGUGCCAGACCCCCGCCCGGACCUCCACCACCUGGACCACCGCCACCCGGACCACCCCCACCUGGUGCCAGACCCCCGCCACCCCCACCCCCACCCGGACCACCGCCACCCGGACCCGCCGCACCGGGUGCCAGACCCCCGCCACCCCCACCCCCACCCGGACCACCGCCACCCGGACCCGCCCCACCGGGUGCCAGACCCCCGCCACCCCCACCCCCACCCGGACCACCGCCACCCGGACCAGCCCCACCGGGUGCCAGACCCCCGCCGGGACCUCCACCACCCGGACCACCGCCAGCCGGACCACCCCCACCGGGACCAGCCCCACCUGGUGCCAGACCCCCGCCCGGACCACCCCCACCGGCUAACGAAUCCCAGCCCGGACCCAGACCCCCGCCGGGACCACCAUCACCACCGGCUAACGACAGCGAUCAGGAACCACCCCCACCCGCUGACGGACCCCAGCAGGGACCAGCCCCAUCCGGUGACAAACCAAGGAAGAAAGCACCCCCACCCGCUGGCCCACCACCGCCGCCACCACCCCCACCCGGACCACCGCCACCCGGACCACCCCCACCUGGUGCCAGACCCCCGCCACCCGCACCCCCACCCGGACCGCCGCCACCCGGACCGCCCCCACCGGGUGCCAGACCCCCGCCACCCCCACCCCCACCCGGACCGCCCCCACCCAGACCGCCGCCACCCGGACCACCCCCACCUGGUGCCAGACCCCCGCCACCCCCACCCCCACCCGGACCGCCCCCAUCCGGACCCGCCCCACCGGGUGCCAGACCCCCGCCACCCCCACCCCCACCCGGACCCCCCCCACCCAGACCGCCGCCACCCGGACCACCCCCACCUGGUGCCAGACCCCCGCCACCCCCACCCCCACCCGGACCGCCCCCACCCGGACCCGCCCCACCGGGUGCCAGACCCCCGCCACCCCCACCCCCACCCGGACCGCCCCCACCCAGACCGCCGCCACCCGGACCAGCCCCACCUGGUGCCAGAUCCCCGCCACCCCCACCCCCACCCGGACCGCCGCCACCCGGACCACCCCCACCUGGUGCCAGACCCCCGCCACCCCCACCCCCACCCGGACCGCCGCCAUCCGGACCCGCCCCACCUGGUGCCAGACCCCCGCCACCCCCACCCCCACCCGGACCGCCGCCACCCGGACCCCCCCCACCUGGUGCCAGACCCCCGCCCGGACCGCCCCCACCAGGACCACCGCCACCCGGACCCCCCCCACCUGGUGCCAGACCUCCGCCCGGGCCACCCCCACCACCCCCAGGUCCCAGCACACCAAGACCUCCACCAAGCCCGCCACCGCCAGGGCCUCCUCCUCCUCCCCACUGA